GAGAAAAAAAAAAAAUCAAAAUCCCUAAAAGCUUUUAGACUUAUCCAUGGCGAAAACCCUAGACAAAUCAAAGAAGCGCAGACUCGUGAAAUCCAAAUCCAAGAAACUAGAGAAGAAGCAGAAGAUUAGCGAACAAGAACAACAACCUGAAUCCUCGACGCCAUACUCAAGUUCAAGCUCCAGCUCUGAUGAUUCUAGCGAUUCGGAACCAGAGAAACAAGCGUUCGAAUACGACCCAGAAGAGCUCCGAGACCUUCUACGACCUUAUUCCAAGGACCAGCUCGUCGACCUCGUUUGUUCCGCCGCGAAGAUCGGCUCCUCCAUCUAUUCCGCCGUCGUAGAAGCCGCAGACCGUGAUGUCACACAUAGAAAAAUCUUCGUUUAUGGACUUCCAUGGGAGACGACUCGCGAGGCUUUUGUUGAACUCUUUGAAGGCUAUGGUGAGAUUGAAGAGUGUACCGUCGUUAUAGAUAAGGUUACUGGUAAGGCCAAAGGGUUCGGAUUUGUUGUGUUUAAGACUAGGAAAGGAGCUAAAGAGGCGCUUAAGGAACCGAGGAAGAGGAUUCUUAAUAGAACAGCUACGUGUCAGCUUGCUUCAAUGGGGCCUGCUGCGUCUGGAAAGGGCCAUGAUCAGGCUGCUCCGGUGAAGAUUAGUUUAGGUUCGAUGGGUAGUCAUGGCCAGCCCCAGCAGCCUCAAGGGCAACAUAUGUUUAACGGUGGUGGUAUGGCUGCAUCGCCGUAUAUGUUAGGGAACCAAUACAAUCCGUAUAUUGGAACUGGAAUGUUGGGGAAUCCAGCUUUAUCAGCAGUUGGGGGAGGCUACAUGUAUCCCAUGUUAGCCGGUGCUAUGGGUCAUGGCGGUAUGGGUUCUGAUAUGUUGUUACAGUCGAGUCAGAUGGGUGGGAUUGGUGAGCCAGGCGUUGGUGUUGCUGGUGUAUCAGUUCCUGGCAACUACUUUAGAGGUCAGCAGAGUCUACCUAAUAAUAAUGCUUAUCCUGAUACUGAUACUGGGAAAAGAGGGGCGGGUAAAGAUGCGGAUGCUGGUGGUUCCUCCUUUCAAGGCUACUCAAACUAUUCAUGGAGGAACUGCUACAGGAAUGAAAUACCAAUAGGUUCUUGAGGUAGGUUAUCAUUUUCAUCUACCGCCUUAUUUAUUAUUAAUGAAUCUUGCUUGGAUUCAAGCUUAGAUAUUUUUGGAUGGGUAAAUAAUUUGUCACUCCAAGCUUUUGUUUUAUUUUAUUUUCCUCCAGUUUUGUUUGUUUUUCAUUUUUGGUUUCUGUUUUCUGUUGUUUUACUUACAGUCAGCCAUGGUUUUACAGUUUUGUUAGUACCAUUUGUUUUAUCAAAGUUACUUUCUUUAUUGGUUAUGGAAGUUUGGUGAUGGCAAGGAUGAAUAUUGUUACGUUUUGGUUUGUUUCUUGGCUUAUUGGUUUUAGUGUUGCACUUGGUUUUACAGUUUGAUGAUUCACCAUCUCUCCCUCAUUUGGUUUUAGUGUGAACGUUUUAAAUGGACCUGUAACACUUUAGCAUUGAGCUGAUCUUGCUGUUUUAGUCUUUCAUGUUUUAUUGUUUUUAUGUUUGUCCCUUUGAUUUCUUUUGUUUUUAUUUUUCGGGGUUAUCUGACCAAAAGAAUUGGAUAUUGCUCCUGUUUGCAUAUGGUUUC